AUGCUGCAGGGAGGGGAGAAUGAGGGGGGGCAUGAGGGGGAGAAGGUGAUAUGGGGGGAGCAAACGUCAGGAGAGCAGGUAUCAGGUGCGAAGGCAUGUGAGGAAAUGCUGCAGCGAGGCAGUGAGAGAUGGGAGGAGGGGAGGCAGGAGAUGAGGCAGGGGAGCAGCGCCAGUGGUGGUGGUGGGGGAUGGGGAGCAGAUGGGGUAAUGAGCACUCCGCCUCCUCACAACCACAUGCCGUGCUCACCUGACGGCCCUGUGCCGUGCCCACCUGGGAAUCCCAUGGCAUGCCCUGCUCACGACCCUGUGCCAAGCGCAGAAGCGACAGUACCGUGCACUGACAAGGCCUCAACACUGCCCAUGGCACCUGAGAGCCGACCUGAGAGCCGCCGUGAGAGCUGCCCUGAGCAUUUCUCUGAGCGUCGCUCUGAAGAUGGCUCUGCUGUGCCUCGGGAACAGCAGGCUGAACGUGGCAGCAAUACCCCUGGCUGCCCCCAACUGGGACUGGUUGCAGAGGCAGAGAGACCAGGCAGUGACCCGUCUCCCUUUCAUGCUGCCACUGCUCAUGCGAAUCAUGCAGGUGCUGCUGCUGAUGCAGACCCGCCCGCGCCGUCCCCCACCAGCACUCCACCGCCCCGUCAGCAGGAGGGUCCACGUCAGCAACAGCCUAGUUGCGACGCAUCAGCACAAGCAGAUCCAGGCAAUGCCACGGUCACAACAGAGGAAGCAAGGGAUGAAGAGGUUGCUGCUGUUCCAUACCAUGUGCUUGCCGCUCGUGUGUUUGCGGAGUUGCGGGGCUUGUUGCUCGAUACCCACGUGGCUCAUGAGGACUUGGAAGCAGUUGUGAAUGAGGCGGUGAUGACGUGGCAUCCUGACGUGCAGGCAAUGGCGCGAGAGAACGCGUGGGAUGCGGCGAAGGGGACAGUUGCAAGGGUGGAAGGGAAGAUUGGCACUUCAAUUUUGGCUUUGCGGAAGAAGCUAAAGGCUCUUAAAGCCGUGUUGAUCGCCAUGGAGGAGGAGGCGAUAGAGCGAGCCGUGCUGGCGUACCUGCGUCGCAAGGGCUACAAGAAUGCUGAGCUGGCGUUUAAAGACGACUCUAAGACGCAAUCGCUCGAUGCGCUCGUUACGGUUGGCGGGAAGGCGGCAGCUGCUGAGCUGGACAAGAAUUUAGCCAAUCAGAUAAUGCUCUACAGCAGGUCUGAGAAAGCGCCAGCAUGCUAUGUGGAUGGCUACCGGAAGCUUCGUGCGUGGGUGCAUUCCUCCCUAGACCUCUACAAGAACGAGCUACUGCGAGUGCUCUAUCCGGUGUUCGUGCACGCCUUCCUCGAGCUCGUCGCGCAGGACCACCCCGACGCGGCGCGCGCGCUCAUGGAGGCGCACGGCGCGGACCACGCGCGCCUGCACGCCAGUGACCUCGCGCAGCUCGCGGGCAUCACCGCCGCGCAGCACGCGCAGGAGAGCCCCCUCGCGCGCGCCUUCCGCGAGAACAAAGCCGUCAUCCGCAUGUGCCAGUACUCAUUCGACCUGCUGUUGCAGUUCCUGCACGCAGCGGACCUCAUGGCCAUCCUCGCGCUCGUCAACUGCCACAUCCACAUCAUUGUGCAUGCGGGGCGGCCAGCAGCGCAGGAGGAGGAGGAGUACGAGGCGACGGGCAUGGUAUCAAGCGCGGGAGCGGACGGAGGGGGCGCGGGGGGCGGCAUGCUGGCGGGGGUGGUGACAGGGGCGACACACGAGGCGAUGAAGCGCAUGGGGCAGCGCGAGGUGCUGUGGGGCGCGCUGGAGGAUGGUGUGGAGCACCGGUUGGAGCAGGAGAGGGAGCGGGAGGGUGAGAAGGAGGAGGGCGACGAGGGCGAAGGGGACGACGGCAAGAAGCGGGCAGCAGAUGGCAAGGCAGCAGCAGGGGCGCCGGGCAAGAAGGGCAAGAAGGACAAGGCGGGGGAGAAGGACGCGCUCAAAGGGGGCGCGGGGGGUGGAGCAGGAGGGGCAGCGGGGGCAGGGGGGGGUGCUGGAGGAAAGGGGGGGAAGGCGGGCGAGGGCAAGGGGGCCGGCGGGGCUGCUGCAAUGACUGGCACACGCGUGGCGUCGCACCUGCCUCUCCCUAAAAUGUGCGCUCUCCCUCCCUCUGCUCUGUCCCCCGCUGAUCUCCCUUCUGCUGCUCUGCCUGCUGUCAUCUAUCCUUGCCUGGCCACGUCCCGCUGCUGCCUUCCUGUGGUUCAAGCUGAUUCAUGGCACAGCAGUUUCUUCAAACAUUGCUACCCCUUUCGUUCAUCUUCCUUCUUUUCCUGCCUCUCGCCUCCCUGCCUCUGGCCUUUCUGCCUCCUCCUGCCUCUCUGCCUCUUGACUCUCUGCCACUCGACCUGCCUCCGCUCUGCUGCUGCCUGUGACCAUGCAAGGCAGGAGGGAGGAGGCGGAGAAGCAGGUGCGCUCUGCUCUGCUCUACUCUGCUGUGCUGGCCUGUUAUGCGCUGCUGCUGCUGCUGCUGCUGCUGCUGCUGCUGCUGCUGCUGCUGCUGCUGCUGCUGCUGCUGCUGCUGCUGCUGCUGCUGCUGCUGCUGCUGCUGCUGCUGCUGCUACUGCUGCUGCGAGUGCAUUCUGGGAACCACCGAGUUCCGCUGCCGCACUGCCUCUGCACUGCACAGCUGCCACCUGUGUACUUCUGAGGCGCCUUAAAAGUAGGCUGCCACCUGUCUUCCGUUGCUUCUCUCACUCCUCCCUCUCACCUCGCAUCCCACACACCCUCCAAUUCGUGUGGGACAUGCGAUCCAUUGGCUCCUCCCCCCUGCCACAAGACGCCCUAUCGCUCGACACCUCAGCAGCAGCCGAAGCCCCAGCCAUACAAAAUACCCCACGUGGACACCCCACAACCACCACCACCACCUUUACCCCCACCACCCCCAGCACCACCAGCAAACGUUACAUAGCCCUGAGGGGCCACAGCGGCGCCGUGCACGCAACCUCCUUCAGCCCCUCAGACGACCGCUUCCUGCUCUCCGCCUCUUCUGACGCCUCAGUGCGCCUGUGGCACCUGGGGCUGGGGGCGUGCCUGGUGGCGUACCGCGCGCACUGCUACCCCGUGUGGGACGUGCAGCACUCGCCUGUGGGGCACUACUUUGCCACGGCGUCGUAUGACCGCACGGCGCGCGUGUGGAGCAUGGAGCGAUCCUACCCGCUCCGCAUCAUGGCGGGCCACCUCUCCGACGUGCAUGCGGUGCAGUGGCACGCCAACUGCAACUACAUCGCCACGUGCUCCAGCGACAAGACGCUGCGCCUGUGGGACGUGCAGACCGGCGAGUGCUGCCGAGUCUUUGCCGCCCACCGCUCGCCCGUGUACGCACUCGCCACGUCCCCGGACGGCCGCUUUCUAGCCUCGGGGGAUGAGGGAGGUGCCGUGCUGCUGUGGGACCUGGGCACAGGCCGCUGCAUCGCCCCCCUGCUGGGCCACACCGGCUGUGUGUGGACGCUCGCUUUCAGUGGCGAGUCAGCAGUGCUGGCAUCGGGGGCAGCGGACGACACAGUGAGGCUGUGGGAUGUUGCUGCUGCCAGCAAGCUCGCUCCCAACGAGGCCAAAACAUCGGUGGGGCGGCGGUUGCGCCUUCUCAAGACCUUCCCCACCAAGUCAACACCCAUCUCCGCCCUGCAG